AUGUUCCUCUCGACUGACUCGUACAGAUUACUCGACCAUGUCCAUCUUACCACAACGGAGCCUGGAUACCACUGCUCAGUCUGGAAUCACUAUCGCGAGAGGUGUCCUGCAGCAGAAACAUCGGAUAACAUUCAACCCCUUGCCAUUUUGGCCUGUGAGCAUUUCGGAAACACAAUCGCAAUGAGCAUCGAGACGCGUCGAAAGAAGGAACACGGCGUGGUGCCCACCCCUCCGCCAGCUGUGUUGAGCUUCCUCCAGGUCACGGUUGGAUUUGCGGCAAACGACAGUGUGGCCCGUUUUGGCCGCAGUCUCGCUGGAUUGCAUUUCUUGGGUCUAAUCUGCAGUCUUAUUUCGGUGAUGGAUACUUUCAACAGUGGUCUUACUGUGCACGCGAUGUUAGAGGAGUCGGCUGCUGAUAAAACGCUCCGGCCGACUGAGGUCACUCGCAUCGUCAUAGAAACUUCUACAUCAUUCGCUGCAUGGACAGCCGCCUUUACCAAGUGGUGCUUGGGCAUCCCUCCCAGCAUUGCUCAUGCCGAUGGUACGGUCGGGCUAGAGCAACCCGGCUCAAUAGUCGUCAUCAACAUAAUUCAGAAGGGUCACGCUAGGGAUAUUUCGACAUUUAAGGUGAUUACCCAUUCUUUCAAUAGGGGCUUUGUCAGAACUUGUGGCGGGGCCUGGUUCCCCGCCUCCGAUAUUUGGAAUGGUCAGGUUGAGUACCUAUGGGCACCUACUACUCAACAAACUUGGGCUGAAUCAUGGUCACGCCAAGCAAGCAAUGGAGGAGGGCAUACCAUAUGCUCUUCGGCAAGUUUUACAAAAGCUUGA